AUGUAUCUACCCAGAAAUUUUUUUUUAAAUUUAUCUAUUUAUGUUAUCACAAAAACCAUAUCUAAUGUAAUGAGUUCCUAUAUUAGUAUUUUUAUAACUGUUAAUCUUCUGACAGUUGAAAAAGUAAAAGUUAAGAGUCAAGAUGACAUUAAAGAUUUUUUAAAUGUGAGAAAAGAACUAGAUCUUGAAGAUAAAGAUAUCAAUAAACUAUAUGAUCAGAGGGUUAUGAAUAAUAUAUUCCUUACACUAAAAUAUAAAAUGCUUGUAAAUCCACUUUUGAGCAUUCCAGUUAGAUCAGCCAUAAAAUUAUUAGAGUUUAUUAAUAAAAUUCAAGGAAAUAAGCGAACUUCAUUUUCACACACACUGUAUCAUAUUUGCAAAUAA